GAGUUUGUGGGGGAACCGCGAGCGGCGUAGCGGAUCCCGGAGCCCGGCCCCCGCCGCCCGCCCGUCCGGCUGCCUGCCCCGCCCGUCCGGCCCCAGCCGUCCGCCCGCCCCGGCCAGGCGCGCCCGCCCCCCCGACGGCCCCGCCCGGCCGCGGCCCCCGCUCCGCCCGCCCGGCCCCGGCCCCCAGGAGGAGGCGCUGACGCAGCAGCGUGGAGCCCGGGAAUUGAGCGCCCCCGGGGGGUUCCAGCCGCCGGAUUCCAGCCCGGCCGGGGCCUGCGGGCGCCCAGAGCCGCGCCGUCCGCGCCGCCCGUUCCGGUUGGAAGUACUCCAUGACACACACUCGGAGGAAGUCCCUUCCCAUGCUGAGUUCAGGCCCCACUGGCCGACGAGAGCCCCUGCAGAUGGAAGACAGCAACAUGGAGCAAGGGGCUGAGGGUGUGGAGCCAGGCAUGCCUGAGAGCCCGGGGCACCUUGCAGGGCGCCGCAAGAACUACCCACUGCGGAAGCGCCCAUUGGUUCCUGAGAAGCCCAAGGCCUGCAAAGUGCUGCUGACCCGCCUAGAGAAUGUGGCCGGUCCCCAGAGUGCAGAUGAGGCUGAUGAGCUGCCCCCUGACCUGCCUAAGCCCCCCAGCCCAACCCCAUCCAGCGAGGACCCUGGCCUCGCUCAGCCCCGCAAGCGACGCCUGGCUUCCCUCAAUGCGGAGGCUGUCAACAACCUGCUGCUGGAGCGGGAGGACACCAGCAGCCUGGCAGGCGCCCGCCGCAGUCGAGGGGGCGACCCCCACCGCAGCCGGGACCGUGACCGGGCCGCUGGGCGCUGGUCUAACUCCAAGAAGCGGCCCCGGCUGGCGGACCUCGGAGGAGGAAGUCGGGACCUAUCCCCAGAGGCAGCACCGGAUGAAGGUGCCCGCCGAGAUGGACACCCAGCUCCCAAGAGACUGGCUAGCCUGAAUGCAGCCGCCUUUCUGAAGCUGAGCCAGGAGCGGGAGCUACCCCUGCGACCGCCUCGUGCCCAGGCAGAAGCAGAUGGGCGCUCCACUGAGCCCCUGGCACCCAAGGCCCUGAGGCCAAAGUGGGCCAAAGUGAAUAGCAAGAACUAUCUCAAAGCCCGGCAGGGGACUGGCUCUGGGGAGGCUGCAGGGCCACCUGACUGGCAAGGGCACCCUGAUGAGCCAUUGCCAUCUGCCACACCUCGUGGGUCAUCCAGCCAGCCACCUUACCAACCCCUGAGCAAGGCCCUGGAGAGCCCCUUGCGGCUGCGCCCCCACCUGCCCCUACUGAUGGGUGGGCAAGCGGCCCUGAAGCCAGAGCCUGGGCGCCCAGGCGAGGAGUCACCUGCCCCCAAGCAGGAACUGCAUCAGCCUUCUUUCCCCACACCUCAGCUGUCCCCCCUGCCGAUGCCUGGCAACCCUGCCGACUACAGUGGGCUGUGUGUUAGGCCUGAACUCCCUGCAGGCAACUUUUACCUGUACUGCGGCCAAGAUGGGCUGCAGUGUGGGGGCUACUCCCCCUGCCCCGUGCUCCCGGAGGGCAAGCUGUCCCCAAUAGCUGCACCUAACGAGGGGCUCCUCCUGGCCCCGAGCUCAGUGCCCUCAGGCACCCCUUUUCAGCACCCUCCCUGGGGCUCCUCUCGCUACUGCUCUAGCGAGGACACUGGAGUGAAUGGCUACAGCAUCUGUGGAGUGUUGCCCCUGUCCCUCACCCAUGUUGGAACUACCUGUGGUGGCUGCCCCUACAAAAUGCCUUUUGCAGCAGAAGGCUGCAGGUCCCUAGGCCAGCUGGAAUUUCCUCUCCCAGAAGCUGGACACCCUGCCUCACCCGCCCACCCCCUCUUGGGAUGCCCUGUACCCAGCGUGCCACCUGCAGCAGAGCCUGUCCCCCAUCUUCAGACACCCACCUCAGAGCCUCAAACAGUAGCCCGCGCAUGCCCUCAGAGCGCUAAGCCUCCCAGCGGGUCCAAGUCAGGCCUGCGCACGGGCUCCGGCUGCAGGCACACUGCAAGGAGCAAGGCUGCCCGCAGGCCCAGCCACCCCAAGCAGCCACGUGUCCAGCGCCCACGCCCUCGCCGCCGCCGCCGUCGCCGCACUAAUGGCUGGGUGCCUGUUGGGGCUGCCUGUGAGAAGGCCGUGUAUGUCUUGGAUGAGCCGGAACCAGCCAUCCGAAAGAGCUACCAGGCGGUAGAGCGGCAUGGAGAGACAAUCCGAGUCCGGGACACUGUCCUCCUCAAGUCAGGCCCGAGAAAGACAUCCACACCUUAUGUGGCCAAGAUCUCUGCCCUCUGGGAGAACCCUGAGUCAGGAGAGCUGAUGAUGAGCCUCCUAUGGUAUUACAGACCUGAGCACCUCCAGGGAGGUCGCAGUCCCAGCAUGCACGAGCCUUUGCAGAAUGAAGUCUUUGCAUCGCGGCAUCAGGACCAGAACAGUGUGGCCUGCAUUGAGGAGAAGUGCUAUGUGCUGACCUUUGCUGAGUACUGCAGAUUCUGUGCCAUGGCCAAGCGCCGAGGUGAGGGCCUCCCCAGCCGGAAGACAGCACUGGUGCCCCCCUCUGCAGACUACUCCACCCCGCCACACCGCACAGUGCCCGAGGACACGGACCCUGAGCUGGUGUUCCUUUGCCGCCAUGUGUAUGACUUCCGCCAUGGCCGCAUCCUCAAGAAUCCCCAGUAGCCGCCUCACACCCACACUGGGGCUCCCCACAGGCAGGUGGGGCUUGGGGGUAGGGGGCACUGCUUGAAGCACAGCACUUGGUUAAGGGGCCACAGGAGCCUGUGGUUGCUGGCCUGUGGUUCUCUUGGGCGGGGGGGAAGGUCAGGGGCCCCUACGGGUUCUGGGCCCUAUGGGAGGGAAGGGGAGGCCAGUGUAUAAGAAAAGCAUCAGAGAGCCCUUAGCUUGGCCCAGGGUACCUGUCUGUGGUCCCCUGGGUGGAGACUCAAAGAAGCAGUCUUCCCCACGGCUGGGCCAAGCCUGAGGGACGUGGGGCCCUAGGAGGGGAGGGGGUAAAAGGAGGAGCAAGAUCCUUCAGGAACCAGGCCCAACAGGCCCUCUGGAGCCUCCCCUGAGCCCUCUAAGGGGGCAUGGGAGCCAGCUUUACCUCACCCACUGUGACCCGCUGCUUCCCCUCAGCCUGGGACCAGGCUGUCCCAGAUUCUAGCACAGCUCUGAGCUUGUUCCCUUGAGGCACAGAGAGCCAGAGUCUGGCUUCCAAUGCAUAGACUUCCUCUUCCUGGACUCGAGGCCUUUCUCUGGCUUUCCUCCUUUGCCCCUGCAGUAGCCACUGGUGCUGGGACAAGUUGACCCGGCCCUGACAGUUACAGGUGUGGCCCACUCAUGGGAGUAAGUCUCCUAUCCACCUCCCGGAGAGGGCCACCCAGCAGGCCUGGCUUCCCAGAAAGUAAACUGAUCAACGUGGGGUUUGUCACAUCUGGGAGGGCAGAUGGGUGCUGGGAGAGGGUGGGGGGCAGGGGACAAGGAAAAUUGCUACCUGAUUUGUUGAAGAUUUUUCCUCUUGCCUUACUCUUGGAGGUUCCAGGAAACCUCUUGCAGAACUUCACACAUGACUCUUCAAGCCACACCCACCUGAAAUCAAACCAAAGGAGUGCUGUGGCUCCCCUUGCCCUGCCACCCCUUACCUAGUCUUUUGUAGAUUGCACUAAUUUACAUCCCAGUGGAGAAUCAACACUGUAUCAGUCCACAGACCUGCUGAGCUGCAGCCACUCACUCUAGGAGCUAAGGACCUGCAUUUUCAGUUUGUUCUGUUGCCCAGAGGCCCUGUUCUCACCUCAUGCUGCUCCCCAGAGUAGAUUAAGAGGCUCUGCCCCCGUUGUCCUUGCCUGGACUAGGCCCUGGACUUGGGACUCUUUGUGAGGGGGCUGGAGCAGCCUGGUUAUUUCCUAUUUGUACCAAAGAGGAGCAUGGUGGGGAGAGGGAGUGGAGUGCAUUGUGGCUUGAGCCUGGCGCUGGGAACCUGCUAGCUGGGCACUUCCACAAGGGCCUACCCCUAGGGGCAGGAGCCAAAAAGGGCAGCAGUGGGUCCUCCCUUAGGGAGGAGGGGCAGACACAGACCCAGCAGGCUGAGGAGGUGGCACUGGAGGAGGACAGUCAGGCAGGGGCUGCAGAGGGAGGUGGACUUGAAUCCUGACCCCACCCCCACCCCCGCAACCCACAUGCCCUGUCCUGUCCCUUGGAAGAUGACUUGCUCCUGAUUGGUCAGUAGGCUUGGGUGCAGCCUGGAGGCUUCAGAGGUGAAUUUGUGCUUGGGAAGCCCGGUCCCAAACCUGAAGGGAAGGGACUUGGGUCUUCUUGUAUUGAAUAAGCUGUUUGGGGAAGGUGUCUGUGUGGGAGGACAGGGCGGUCAUUAAGAGAGGUUGGCAGAGUGGCAGCAGGGGCUCUGGAGAGCCAGCCUUGGAGAGCCUGCUCAUUCCCAGGGUGCUGGGCCCUUGCUGCCAAGGAGCCCAGCCUCACCCAGCAGGAAAGGAGAUCAAGGCCCCUCCUCCCAGGAGGUAGGGGCUGCCGCCCAGAAUUUAAAUGCUUUUGAAAUCUCUUAGAUGUGGAAAUAUUUUUUCGAACCUGAAAAUGCAGCUGGUAGAAUUUCAAUGGAAGCAUAAUCCAUGUAAAAUAUAUUUUAGUUGAUAUUUUGUAAAAUGCACUUUUUGUGUGUGUCGAUCUUGGUUUCCCAGAUCUGUAUUUCAGUGUUUACAAGGGAGGGAGGACCUUUCCUUGCCUCCCUUUUGACAGAGAUAGAAGUACUUCUUUAAGAAAAAAAUAAAUUUGAGAAAUUGUAUUGAUUUAGAAAAGGA